UUAAACUUGAAAAUCUGAAUCAUGAACGUAAUUCCUAUGUUUAGAUAUACAUGUACUACUACAGAACAUUCACAUCAAAAUUUAAAGUACAUGUUUGAAACUGGUUAAUAAUCUAAGAGCUUAGUCAUUUUUGAAGGGAAGCUCAAUCCUGACGCUUUAAAUUUGGAAGCAGUUUCUUUUAACUGGAAAGCAGGCUUUUUCAUACAGCAUAUAUACAUCACGGAAUAAGAGAGAUCAGAUUGAGCAAUAUGCUGUUUGUGAUCCUACUCCUGUCUCAAGUGGCCGCAACAGCCGCUGAUGCACCUACAGUCACUCUACCAAACGGUCCAAUCACAGGUAGUGAGGGAUCACUAGCCAACCUCGCCCAAUACCCUGCCUUCCAGGGCCGUAACACGACAUUCAGAGCAUAUAAAGGGAUACCAUUUGCAGAACCACCAACUGGAUCUCUACGAUUCCAACCUCCCCAGCCUUUAAACUCAACAUGGAGUUCUGCCCGCAAUUCAACUAUGUUUAGCAAGGCAUGUGCACAGAUUAUUUCUCCUCUGCAAUUUCCAAUCCCAGAAAGUUCUGUAAGUGAAGACUGCUUAUACUUGAAUGUCUAUGCACCGGGGGAUGGGACAAGUACGGAGCAAAAAGCCGUCAUGGUGUGGAUCCAUGGAGGUGGAUAUGCAGUUGGUGGUGUUAACGCAUUUACAGAAGCAGAAAUGAUGGCAGUAAUAGGAGAUGUUGUUAUAGUAACCAUCAACUACAGAUUGGGCAUCUUCGGUUUUUUCAGCACAGGGGAUUCAGUUGUGCCAGGCAACAUGGGCCUCUUGGACCAACAAUUUGCUAUCCGUUGGGUGAAAGAUAACAUUAACUUAUUUGGUGGAGAUCCAACAAGGAUUACCAUAUUUGGAGAAUCUGCAGGUGCCUCGAGUGUAAGCCAACAAGCUGUCUCUCCAACAAACACUGGCCUUUUCCAAAGAGUCAUAGCCCAGAGUGGGAAUGCUCUUUCAUCCUUUGCAAUCACAGAAGUAAGCACGGAGACCAACACAGCAAUAGCUACUCAAGUUGGGUGUAACAAUACCAAUGUCACUGCAAUGGUAACAUGUCUACAAGGGGUUAAUACUACUGCCCUCCUAGAUGCUGCCAAGAUAGUAACUAGAUGGGCCGCAGUGAUAGAUGGCGUGUUUAUCAUUGACAACCCAGCUAACAUGCUGAUGUCUACUACUGGUCCAGCACAGGAUAUGUUAAAGAGUGUUGACCUCCUACAUGGUAUUAACAGUGAUGAAGGCUAUUUUUCGGUGAGAGGGAUGUAUCCACCAUCGGAGACUCCAGGGUUUAGUUGGAGCAGCGUACAAAAUCUGCACACAAUGUACAGAGGAGUAUUCACCCAAAUGUUUGGUUCGGAUCCUGAGCUACUAGAAGCUAUUUGGUGUUCAUAUUUUGGGAGUAAUUCCGUCAACCUGACAAAUGAUGAUCUGGCUGAUAUCAUGCAUGAGCUAAUGACAGACAAUUCAUUUCUAUUGCCAGCUACAAACUUUGCGAAUCUGCAUGCAAAUCUAGGUGGUACACCCUAUGUAUACCAUCUAACACAUAAACCAACAGUGAAGUAUUCAUUCCAAGGAGAGACCCCAUCAUGGGUUGAGGGACCAGACCAUACUGAGGACCUGGUGUAUAUAUUUCCAACGAUAAAUACCUACCCUCAGGUUCCUUCAAGUGAGCGAACCCUAUCAUACAACAUGAUCACUUACUGGAGCAACUUUGCCAAAACUGGGAACCCCAAUCAACCCAGUGCUUCCCCAGAACUUCCUGCUACAUGGCCAGUCUACACCAACGACCCAGCCACAACCAAAUAUCUUACUCUGAAAGAUUCCAGCGAGAUAUCAUCAGGCGUGAUAAAACCAGAUCGUGUACAAUUCUGGGGACAAACUGUACCUGGUAUGAUGGCUGGAAAUGUGGCUAAAGAAUGCAUCAACUUGGGACUUGCACCUGGUGACAAUGAUGGUGAUGGUAAUGGGACAGCCUCCAUUAUAAUGGGACAUGUGAUAUAUUCAGUAACUCUUGGCUUACUCUUGUCAUUUUUACUCAUUUAAUACCAUAAUAUACUUAUUAGUAGCACUGUUCUCUCAAAGAGUUUUCUCAGUUAAGACUCAUUCGCCUAUUUUUCAUGCAAAUGACCAGUGUGGACCCUCAGGCUCAGGUGGGUGUUAACGAACUUAACGCCUAUUAUUAAAAUCUCAAGUGAGUGCAUCCACUUGUUUUAAAGCUGGGGAGAUCACUGCCAUGGUAACAAAACUUUGGUUGCCAAGAAGCUGUGAGUAUGACAACAACAUCUCAUCAUAACUGAGAUAAAGUGUUCCACUUGGAUUCAGCUUUUAGAGCUUCAACAGGUCACAUAAGAAUGUAAAAUUAUUAAGAGAUAAAUAAUGUUUCAUGCUGAAUCUCAGAAAACUGAAAAAACGUCUUGUAUAAAUUUUUUUAGAGUUUUUUCUAGGAUAUAUUUUCUAGGCUUUAUUAUAAGCAAUCUGUUUUAUGAUACUAAGCCUGUGUUUUAUAUUUCUCUUUACUGCACAAAACCUUUAUACACACUGAAUGUGCAAAAAGAAAAUUCCACAUAUUACAUCUUUACAAUCUUCAUUUAUAAUUUAUAUGUACCUGGAACACCAAUCAUUCUCAUGCGGAAAAAAGUAUUUCAAUAAUGCUAUAAUUUAGUUAAAUUUGAAUUCUGCAUUAAGAAAGCUUUAUUCUUAGGCAGUUAUGAGAUGGUUGUUAUAGAAAAAGAAUGUGACAAAAGCCCUUUCUUCAGCAUAAAUGGGAAAAUAAUAACAAUAACCCUUAUGACGAACCCUGAACAAUAAGGUAUUCUUAUCAGAAAUGGCUUCCAACUAGAACAAGAACUAUUGCAUUAUAAAGUUGUAUAUGUGUUUGUGUUGCAUUGUAUAUGUGUACAAUAAUAAAGUUAUCACUUACUCAUUUGCCAAUUUCAGAACUUUAUUU